AUGCCUACGCCAGACACAGGGUCGACAGGUUCAGGCACCGGAAAUAAGCGAAGGAGGACUGGACGGCACAGCAGCACUGGAGUUGAUGUUUUCCAAGAUGGGUCGGAAGAGGAAGACGACGACGAUGACCCAGAGGAGGAUCCCACACCUACGAUGCCUGAAGAGGAUGAGGAAGGGGACCUGCGUUUCUACAAUCCAAACCAAGAUCCCGAGAAACGAAGACGCUUGCGCGCGACAUUGCGCGAUCAUUCGCGCAUGGUAGAAGAAAACCGCGACGAAAUGGUCAAACCGAACAAUCUGCUUUUGGACGCCUUGAAGAAGCAAGACAGCAUAUUCGGGAAAGUGCGACAAACUGCUGAUGCCGCGCUGGACUCUCGCUUCCUGGUCAAUGCUAGCGAGCUUGCGGGAAAGAAGCUGAACAGCAGUCUGCAAGGCAAUGCUGGCGUCGGCAUUGAUCUGGACCAGUUUGUGUCCAAGUGCAUAUUCUUCAUGAAGUCUGGUGGCCACGCCGCAGACGACGAGGAAGCCCCGGCCGUGCCAGUUCCAGAGGACGAGGACGAUGCGGGAGACGACGGGCUCGACUGGGCACUCCUUGGGAGACAGGCUUGCUUUCCAUGCAAUAAACGACCACCUACCAUAAGUUUCCUGCUUGGACCACUGUCUGUAGAGAAGCGAGAAAUGAAGGAGGGUGACAUGCAGCAAUCCGAGAACUCAAACUUGUCGAAUCUCGUCAAGAGUAUAAACGUCCGGUUACGGAGUCACAUCGAGAAGGUGGAUGAGAAGGUCAGCGAGGAACUUUCCGAGAUACCAGAUGAGGAAGUACAAAACGAAGAUGUCGCAGCAGCAUCCAGACGCCACAGAGCGGCAGUCGCACCGAGCCAAGAAUUGGCCGUUAGUCUUCUCGACUUCGCCAUCAAUCCACAUGACUUCGGUCAGACAGUUGAGAACCUGUUCUACAUCAGUUUCUUGGUGCGAGAGGGCAAUGCAAAGAUUAUGAAGGAUGAAGAUGGAUUGCCACUACUGAUGCCUGCAAAAGCCCACGAAAUGUCUGACGCACGAGAAGCCAACAUCCAGAAGAACCAAGCCGUCCUCAGCAUCGACUACACGACAUGGAAGAUGUUCAUCCAAGCUUUCGACAUCAAAGAGCCACUCAUACCGCAUCGCGAGAACGAAGAGGCCAACGUCGCGCCUGGAGGCUGGUAUGCCGGAUGA